CACGGAAGAUAUGAUAAUCCCUCAUCCAGGAGAGAGUCAUGGUACACUCAAACAAUUGGACCAUUGAAACCCCAAAUAACAAAGCGUUAAAGAACGAAAAUGUCACUGAAAUAAACCUAGUCAGCACUGAAACGAACAGUCCGAGGAGUUUCAGCCGGUAAUGAAUAACAACAUUGAAGCCAACAUAUAUAUUGCAAAGUUGGAAAGAGGCUGAGUGGCAAGUGUGUAUUGACAGAUAGCUGGGUCCAAGACAGAGUAGUGCACAUAACAUUAUGCUGGCACCUGUUGAACUUUACUGUCUAAUGUACUUUUAGGACUCCAUAUAUAUUGUGUCACUCUGGUAAUUUACAGGGAAUUCAAACCUCGCUAAAAUGUCAAUUAUAUAUGCUGGAGCUGAGAGUGUGAUAUUAGACCAUGAGAUGUGGAUGCUGCACCUCUAUUCCUUGAGAGGGGAAGGUGACCAUUCAGCAAAUAAAAAAAAGAAGUUUCAGACGUUGUUUGACCUUCGAACUCCAUUUCUUAUGGAUGGGCAAGCUGAGAAAAUUGCUACUCAGUUAGAAGGAAAGGAAAUUAAGUCAAGAAAAAGAAAAAGAGAGCACAAUAUGAUGCCUCCUCAAGAUAACCAUGAGGAAAAACACAUCCAAGAAGUGUUUGCAGCCCUUCGCUUAAGGCCUGAAUAUAAGGAGGCUUUUUGCUAUGUCCCGAGCAGUGACGACUUCAGGAGAAACAACAGUUUGAUACGUGAAAUGAGGAAAAGAUUUACAGAAAUCUCAAACAUCAUGCUCCCAGUCCUUGACAAAUCGCACAAGAAUUUAAACAUCGGAGUCCAGGAAAUAGAAAACAACAAGUUCCUACUUCCGCCAAAUGUCCGGUAUAUUUGCGAUGAUGUUCGGAAUCUACUGUCACAUGUGUCAGGAAAUCAAUUUGACAUCAUUGUGAUGGACCCGCCAUGGCAAAAUAAAUAUGUAAAGAGACGUUGCCUAGCUCAUGGAAAUCAUCAUGGGUAUGAUAUGAUGCCAGUCAGUGACAUUCUUGCUCUACCUGUGAGUAAGAUCCUGAGUCCAAAGGCCUUGGUGGUCAUCUGGUGCACUAAUAAUGCCAGUAUUAUGGAGGAGUUUGUUCAAGGGCUGCACAGGUGGGGUGUUCACUUGGUGGCGACCUGGUACUGGUUAAAGGUUACCAGAGGUGGGGAGCCUGUGACACCCUUUGUUGCCAGUCAUGGUAAACGGCCAUAUGAACGCCUACUGAUUGCAAGCACCUGUGAGAAAGAUAAAGACCGAAUUCCAGAUGGAUUAGUAAUAUGCAGUGUUCCCAGUGGAAUCCACUCCCACAAACCACCAUUAGAUGCGCCAUUGUCAAUGCCUGGGCCGUCCACUGUGCCCUGGGAUCAGAGGAAACUCAGAAGGCCUUCCGAGUUGGCCUCUCAGGGGUAGUUCAAGGAAGGGGCUGACUCUGCGAGGACUCUGAGUACAUCUCCGGUAGUGAGCCAUGCACUUCGUGUUCGCCGGCAUACAGUGUCCGAGAUUCCUGGAGGUUUAUACACAUACAGGUGCUUUGAGAAAUGGCACGCUGCCUUGUAAAAAGUGGCGCACCAAAAAAUAAAUAUUUUGUUUUUUAUAAAAUCUAUGAUUACCCCUCAUGAUAUGUUAGUAAAUGUUACUGAGAGUAACACACAUUAUAUGAGAGUUUGGACUCUAUACUAAAACUUCCUACCAUUACAAAAAGUGUCGAGAUAGCGAUUUUGCUUAACGAGCACACAAAACAUUGUUUGGUUCUCAAAAGCAUAAACUUCAAUAUAAUCUCAAGGCUAUAAAAUGGGGUAUGAAGCUGGAGCUAACGUCUGAUUUGGUCGCCCGUGGUGAGUGGCGCGUGAGGGGAUCCCUGGCCACGGCCACUCACUGCUAUAUUUGUUACCUGGAAAGUAGGGUGUAUGGCACUCCGAAGGACCCGUCGCAAGUGGGUUAAAAACCUUGGGAGGAGUGAGGCCUUGUAUAUAUCCAGAUUGAAUGUAUUAUAGGUCCUUUGCAAUUCCAUUAACCCCCUUGUUCGCGAGUGGUAUCUACUAUGAUACCAUGAUGGCGUAGCUCUAAUGCUGUGGGUGGCAUCCCAACAGAUGUGACCCAUUUGGUGGACCACAUGGCUGCCUAAAAAGGGUUAAUGAUCUCCUAUAUGAUAAGCAUAAAAUCACCAAUGUUUUUCCGUCUGAUAGAUUUGCAUCAUUGUUGCAACGGCUGUGGUCACACUGGCACCUGAUAUUUGCAACCAUUCCGAGAAUUUGCAUACUUUGGUUUGGUUGUUGCAAGCAAAAUUCUGCAAUUUCUCAAUCCACUUCUUGUGAUUUGAUGUCUCCCAAAAUGCUGGAAACAAAAAAAUUUAAAUGAUAAUGGCUAGGUGUUAUGUUGAUAAUAUAUAAAUAAAUUUAUUGAAAACAAUUGUAGAGUCAGUUGCAUGUAGGCUAAUUUUAUGCCUGACCAUAGUCCCAUGGAAAAGUUGU